AGGCGCACUCCGAGCGGCGGCCAGAGCGCAUGCGCGUUUCUCCUCGCUGUAGUUCGGAAGUUUCCGGUGUAAGUACGGCAGCCCCGGUGACGUAGAGGGAGAACCUGGAAGUUGGGUGUGCAGGACCGGACACCCGAGACAGAGGGAGAGGACACAGGGAUGGUGCGGAGGCUUCGUGCAGCCAUUUUACUAUGAGUCUAGUCAACGCCAGGAGCAGCUUUGACAGGUCUGAGUCUGAGGACGCCUGCUGCGGCGCUAUGGCGAGCGCCUGCUGCAUGACCACCAAAGAUGACAUUACCAGCCCGACAGUGGAGACCCCCAGCGGGAAUCCUUCCAGCCUGUUCAUGGAGGACAUGCAGGGCUACGAUGUGGACUUUGACCCGGUGCUGGAGAGCAAGUAUGAGUGUCCUAUCUGCCUCAUGGCACUGAGGGAGCCCCUGCAGACCCCAUGCGGGCACCGCUUCUGUAAGGCUUGCAUCCUUAAAUCUCUCAGGGACGCAGGACCUAAAUGCCCGGUGGAUAAUGACAUCCUUCUGGAAAACCAGCUCUUCCCAGAUAACUUUGCUAAACGGGAAAUUCUGUCAUUAAUGGUGAAAUGCCCCAGCCAGGGCUGCUGUGCCAAGAUGGAGCUGCGGAGCCUGGAGCAUCACCAAGCGGCCUGUCAGUUUGCCGGUGUGGAAUGCCCGCAGUGCCAGCAGCUCUUCCAGAGGAGCCAGCUGGAGGAACACGUAGCGGUGGACUGUCCUCGACGGAAGGUGUCCUGUGAGAACUGUUUGCGGACCAUGCCGUUUGAUGAGCAGUUGACACACGAGCAGAUGUGUCCACUGGCCUACGUGACCUGUGAGUACUGCCAGACCGGCGAUCUUGUACGACACCAGAUGGCCGAUCACUAUAACAAUGAUUGCAUCAAGGCCCCAAUUCCCUGCACCUACAGUCUGUUUGGCUGCACAGAGAUGAUGCAGAGGAAUGACCUGGCCCGCCACCUGCAGGAGUUUACGCAGGUCCACAUGCGGAUGAUGGCGCAGACUCUUCGAAGCGUCAGCAGUUCUCUAACACCAAUUUCCAACAUGGCUAACAUCUCGCUGGACCCCAGCCAGUUCGAGCCGGGCCCGGGAUCUAUGUGCCAGGUGCCCUCUUCCCUUGUGUCUUCCCAGCAUGACGUUAGCCAGGAGACUCGGCAGAUAAAGGAGACCGUGGAGCAGCUGGAAGCCCGCCUGGUGAAACAAGACCACCAGAUCCGGGAGCUGAUAGCCAAAAUGGAAACGCAGACCACCUACGUGACGGAACUGAAGCAGACCAUCCGCACCCUGGAGGAGAAGCUGGGGGAGGUGGAGGCGCAGCAGCACAAUGGGGUCUUUGUGUGGAAGAUCCACAAUUUCAGUGUUUACCUGAAGAACCAGGAGGAGGAGAGGCCGGUUGUCAUCCACAGUCCGGGGUUCUACACGGGGAAGCCGGGCUACAAGCUGUGCCUACGGCUGCAUCUGCAGCUCCCCAGCGCACCCCGCUGCUCUAACUACAUCUCCCUGUUCGUGCACACCAUGCAGGGUGAGUACGACAACUUACUUCAGUGGCCUUUCCAGGGCACCAUCCGUCUGUCCAUCCUGGACCAGUCGGAAGGGUCCAACGCCCAGGAUCAAGAGGAAAUUAUGGACACCAAACCAGACUUGCUGGCCUUUCAGAGGCCGACGUUGCCGAGGAACCCUAAAGGCUUCGGUUAUGUCACAUUUAUGCCCCUCCACGCCCUAAAGCAGCGGAUGUAUGUUAAAAACGAUACGCUCCUAGUGCGCUGCGUUGUGACCACUCAGGGGGAUUUCAACAGCCCGCGCCGCGAAGGCGUCCAACCGCGCAACACUGAUGGCUCCACCUUAUAGUCGGCUGGCCUUGGGGACCGACAUGGCCACUAAACAAGAUGUCAUGGACUCUGAACAGGAUGCGUGUGGUAUUACAUCGCCCAUCUGAAACCCAAGAGGUGUCAAGAGCAGGGAAAGAACAAACUAACAUUUUAUAUAAACAUAUAUUUUUCAUAAAUAUUAGCACUGAACUAAUCUGACACCAUUAGACCAUGUACCCAUGGCGUACAGACAGCAGUGACUACUGUGGUGUGGGCUGAACCUAUUGUCCGAUAGCCAUAAGUUCUCCCGCUGCGGUAACAUCAGAGUCUUGGGAUGACUGGUGGCUACAUUUAUACACUUGAUUGUGUUAAGUUUAGUUGUUACCAUUUGAUCUUUUUUUUUUUUUUUUUCUAUCGUCUUCUUCCCAUUGUGCACUACAUGCGAACAAAGCGCCCGCUUACAAUACACACAUGCGUAUUAUUCUUACUGUAAGCUACAGAAACCAACCCAUUGUUAAAGGACCCUAAACUGUACAUUGCAACCUCUUCUCUGCCUUGUUACCCUGCGCAAGCUGCGGUGACUAUGUCCUUCCUGUGUAGGAUUUAUAGUACAGCCGGCUGUUACAGACUUGGGCGCACUCUGCGUCAUUACAUAAACACACAGGGGGUCAUUCCGACCUGAUCGCAUGCUAGGUUUUGUCGCUGCGGUGCAAUCCGGUAAAAAAUCAGCAAAACUGCAAUGCGCACGCGCGUCGUACGGGUACAGAGCGGUUCGUUGCUGUGCGAUGGACUUAACGAAGAAUCAAUUCGCACAGCCGAUCGCAAUGAGAUUGACAGGAAGAUGGCGUUUGUGGGUGUUUCUGAGAGUGUUUGGAAAAACGCAGGCGUGUCCAAGCGUUUGCAGGGCGGGUGUCUGACGUCAAUUCCGGGACCAAAAAGACUGAAGUGAUCGCAAGGGCUGAGUAAGUUCAGACCUACUCAGAAACGGCAUAAAAUGUUUUUGCACAGCUCGGCUGCAAAGCCGUCCGCACACUUGCAAAGCGAAAAUACACUCCCCCGUGGGCGGCGCCUAUACGUUUGCACGGCUGCUAAAAACAGCUAGCGAGAGAUCAACUCGGAAUGACCCCCACAGAUCUCUAGGCCCCACACGGAUAAGUAUUCCGCAUUCUCAUUGCUUUAGAUUAAAUGCCGGGUGAUUGUGGAUAUUCCUGUUGUGUAGGUGUGAAGGCGGCAGGAAUCUGCAGAAGUGCUUGGGGCGUAAAAUACUUGACUUUCUGCCUGUAUAUUAUUCUGUACAGUGUAAUUAAAUCAAAAUAUAUAUUUUAUCA